UGUCAUCUGUCAGUCACUGUCCGAAAAACUCAAAGUUGAGGACAGCCCAUUAUUUUUCUACAUUCCACAGGAAUUUCAAAUAAUAAAAGUGGUCCCAGAAGCGGAUCACUAAAUAAAUCUGGGCUUCAUAAAAGAACUAAUAGCCACGAUGAGUAAACUUAUCCCUUCUGCUGCCAAGUUUUUCAAUGGCAAUACAUUAGCGAAAGCGGCGACCCCAGCUGUGACUACGUCGACCGCUAAAUACAGCACGAAAAAUGAAGCCAACUUCGAAAUCAAGCCUUUCAAACUCCACAAGCUGGAUAAGGGCCCGGCCACAUCAGCGACCCUCACAUCUGAAGACGCGCUCAAAAUGUACGAGAAACUCGCCAUCCUGAGGAGGAUCGAGACUGCUUCGGGAAACCUGUAUAAAGAGAAGAUCAUUCGUGGUUUCUGCCACUUAUACUCAGGACAAGAGGCAGUCGCAGUGGGCAUGCGUUCCGCGAUGCGCGACCAAGACUCGGUCAUUACUGCUUACCGCUGUCACGGGUGGACCUACUUAAUGGGGGUCAAUGUACUCGGUGUACUUUCGGAGCUGACUGGCAGACGCACAGGGUGCUCCCGCGGGAAGGGUGGCUCCAUGCAUCUGUACGGGAGAAACUUCUAUGGAGGCAACGGUAUUGUGGGCGCUCAGGUCCCACUAGGCGCAGGAGUGGCGUUCGCGCACAAAUACAAAGGCGAUGGCGGCGUGACGUUCGCUCUGUACGGCGAUGGCGCCGCCAACCAGGGACAGCUGUUCGAAGCCUACAACAUGGCCAAGCUGUGGGACCUGCCUUGCGUGUUUGUGUGCGAGAACAACGGAUACGGUAUGGGCACGAGCGUGGACCGUUCCUCGGCGAGCACGGAGUACUACUCGCGCGGGGACUACGUGCCCGGCCUCUGGGUGGACGGCAUGGAUGUGUUGGCCACGCGGGAAGCCACGCGGUUCGCCAUCGACCACUGCACCAGCGGGAAAGGCCCUCUCCUGAUGGAGAUGGAAACGUACCGCUACUCGGGGCACUCGAUGUCGGACCCGGGCACGUCGUACCGCACGCGCGACGAGGUGCAGGAGGUGCGCCAGACCCGGGACCCCAUCACCUCCUUCAAGGAGAAGAUCCUCAGCAACGAGCUCGCCACGCCUGACCAGCUCAAGGAAAUCGACGCCCAAGUGCGCAAAGAGGUAGACGAAGCCACGAAACAAGCCAAAUCCGAGCCAGAGGUCGGCGUGGAAGAACUCUGUGGAGACAUUUACUACAACAAUCUGGAGCACCAGAUCCGAGGCAUCCAUCCAGGAGCGCCCUUACAACACGUCGAGGUCACCGCCCGCUCGUACAACUAACGCGCUUACUGCUUAGGAAAUUAGGUCUGUUAUCCCAUAAAGUUAUACCUAGCGGAGUA